UACAGUGUCUGGACUCUAAUGGACUGAUCAGUGAUCAGUUGAGGGAGUGAACGACAAUCAGAAUCAUCAUACAACCGCCACAUCUGACGUGAUUUUGGAUUUGAUGUCGGAACGAUGUUUCACUCGAGCGUUUCUGUCGCGUCUUCUUUACUUAAGCGUGUCAACUUCACCGGAGCCGCCGGCGACAUGACCUACACGUUACGUAAUUACCGGAGGUUUAGUAAACGCAACACCGCGGUUUUCCCCCGGAGAGACGAGCGUUCCGGUGUCGAAUGUGUGCACGAUAUUUCCUUCAGGUCAGCGUCGGGUCGCGUUACACAUGCGCGCAUGACAUUGUUCACUUUGAACGCAACGCCACGACGCGAAUUCGGUGACUGGACGAACGCAAAGAUCGUGAAAGUGAACGAACUUGAAUCGUUUCUGUCCGGUCGUGCUUCUGUUGUGACGGUGCAAACGAGACGCUCCUCCGCGACGCCAGAGAAAUCGCGAGAGGAACGCGCCGCUGAGGUCAGAACUGAGGCGCACCCCUCUGGAUCCGGUGCUCCGGGAGUUCCAGCGGAGUCUGACGGGAAUCCCAGUAAGACGCAGCAGCUCAGGAAAGUGUUUAAGGAAUACGGAGCUGUUGGAGUCUCGUUCCACAUUGGAAUCUCCCUCAUAUCUCUGGGAAUAUUCUACCUUGCUGUAUCCAGUGGUAUCGAUAUGGCAGCAGUGUUGUGUAAAGUCGGUUUCAGUGAAUCAGUCGUUCAAUCAAAGAUGGCCGCUGGCACGAGCACAUUCGUUUUGGCGUACGCCGUCCACAAACUCUUCGCUCCGGUCCGCAUCAGCAUCACUCUCGUGUCUGUACCGCUGAUCGUGAGAUACCUCAGGAAAACUGGACUCUUCAAACCCAGAACAUCGGCUCCGUGAAAGCUGCUGCCUUUUAUUGAGUACAUGACACAUUCAUAAGCUCUGAUGACACAUAAGCUGAACUAUCAGAACUCAAACAUUGAUGUUUAAUUCACUACAUGCUUAUAUACCAGUGAAAACACAUCUAUGUAUUCUGUACAAUUACCUCCAUGUGAAUAUUUUGAAAAAACAUAUAAAAGGGUGAUGGAAACUUGCAGGAUGUAGUCUUUACAUUCAACUCUUUCAUCUGGAUUGUAUCCACAGACAUGUGACAACCGUCGUCAGGGAAACUGUGGUAUAUUAUAAUGAGAUGUGUCUAAUUGAGUUUUUGAUGUAGUUUUUCCUUGUUUUAAUCUUGGCAUUUUAUCGAUGGUGAUUAAAAAGUUAAUAAUGUGUUAUUUCCAGAUCAUUUGAUAGCAGUAACACACUAAAACAUGUUAUUUCUAGCAAAAGGAUAUAGUGGCUAUUAUUGUAAUGAAUUACAAAAGGUUAUUAUAAUGUUAUAUUUGACUACAUGUAAUUAUACAAUUUUGCCCUGCAAGCAACUACUGGAUUUAUUUUAUUUAUGUACCGUAUUUUUAUUUUGGGAUUUGAUGUUAUUUUAGUCUUCUAGUGUCCAAACCUGUUUGCUAUUA